CUGUGUCGUCUACGUCACCGCCAACUGCGACGCAGGGCCCAUGUAUUUCGAAACUUGCCAACGUCUUGAACAACACUACCAAGUCGACUACUCCUUGCUUCUUUCUCUGCGGUGUCUACAAUCAUGGCCAAUAACAUGACACUUCUCUGGUGCACCUUCUCGGUUCCGUGCUGGCGGGUUAUGAUCGCUCUGGAGGAGAAAAUGUUGCAGGGAUACAACCAGACGCUGUUGGACUUCGAUAAAGAAGAGCACAAAUCUACAAUAGUCAUGGACCUCAACCCCCGGGCACAGCUCCCUACAUUCAAACACGGGGACUGCAUAGUGAACGAGUCCUAUGGAGCAUGCAUGUAUUUGGAAAACCAGUUCAGGUCCCAGGGGACCCAGAUGAUCCCUGAGGGUCUAGCCAAACAAGCCCUGAUGUACCAACGCAUGUUUGAGGGCCAAACCUUCUACGAGAAACUUAGUGAUGUGGUCUACUAUGAGUAUUAUGUCCCUCAGGGAGAGAGACAUGACUCUGCUAUCAAGAGGAACAAAGAUAACCUUGCGAUUGAAAUUAAACUGUGGGAGGGAUACUUUCAGAAGAUGGAGGCAGGCUCUUACCUGGCAGGAAAAGCCUUCUCGUUGGCUGAUGUCCUUGUCUUCCCCACCAUUGCCUACGCCUUCCGCUCUGGGCUGUCAGCAGAGCGUUACCCCAAACUGAGAGCAUACUACUCUAUGAUGAAGGACAGACCAAGUGUCAAAACUACCUGGCCCCCACACUGGCUGGAAGACCAGGAAAAACCUCAGUGGGGUGACUUUCUCAAAGAGCUCUGAGACUCACACCUACUUAAGGAACACACACACAAUUUUUAAAGUAUUUAUAGGCACUUAAAAUCUAUGUACACUAUAUAUACACAAGUAUGUGGACACCCCUUCAAGUUAGUGGAUUCGGCUGACAGGUGUAUAAAAUCGAGCACACAUCCAUGCAAUCUCCAUAGACAAACAUUGGCAGUAGAAUGGCCUUACUGAAAAGCUUAGUGACUUUCAGUGUGGUGCCGUCAUAGGAUGCCACCUUUCCAGCAAGUCAGUUCGUCAAGUUUCUUCCCUGCUAGAGCUGCCCCGGUCAACUAUAAGUGGUUAUUGUGAAGUGAAACGUC